GGGGCGGCGGUCACAUGAUCUCGACGGAUGACCUGGAGUACCCCCGGGAGUACCGCACGCUGGGGAACGGCACGCGGCGCUUCUCCAACGUGGGCCUGGUGCAUACGUCGGAGCACCGGCACACGGUGAUCGCCGCCCAGAGCCUGGAGGCCCUGACCAGCCUGCACAAGGCGGACAUGGAGCGCAAGAGGGACGCCUUCAUGGAUCACCUGAAGACCAAGUACCAGCAGCAGCAGCAGCAGCAGCAGCAGCAGCUGCAGCACCCGCACCACGGCCAGCACCACGGACAGCACCACAGCCCCCACCACAACCCGCCCUCGCCCUCGCCCUCCCAUGCCAGCGCGAGGGGGACGCCCGACAGAGCCGCUCGGGAACAGGAACUGACAUCCUACACCUGUCCAGCACAGCUUAUUUCGAGUGUGUGUUUGUGUGUCCACUGGAAGAAGCUGGAUGUUGCAAUCUGUUCGACCACUAAUAGCAUGCCCACACGUGUUCCCAGUGGCUUCAAGAAAUGGUUGUCUGCGUGUGUACGUGUCACUUCCUGUCUAACCUCGGCUCUGCUCUCUGGCAGCUCAGACUCCUCAGCCCCGCUGGCCCUGAUGCCGCCCCCCGCCCGCCAACGGCAGCCGGCCAGCCGGCUACAGAUGCAGCUCCACCUGCACGACCUGCAGCAGAACGCUACCGACCUGCGCAAACAGCUGUCGCAGCUGCGCAACCUGCAGCUUCAGAACCAGGACUCGGUGCGGACGCUGGUCAAACGCACAGAGGCGGAGCUAAGCGUGCGUGUGAGCGAUGCGUUGAGGAAGCAGGAAGACCCCCUGCAGAGACAGCGCCUCCUAGUGGAGGAGGAGAGACUCAAGUACCUCAACGAGGAGGAGCUUAUCAUCCAGCAGCUCCAUGACCUGGAGAAGUCUGUGGAGGAGAUCCAGAGGGAUUCAUCUGUCAACCACAAGCUGGUGACGGUGCAGGAGCUGGAGGAGAAGGCUUCUGUGCUGAGGAGACUGGGAGAGACUCUCACUGAGCUGAAGAACCAGUUCCCCGGCCUGCAGAGUAAGAUGCGUGUGGUGCUCCGCGUGGAAGUGGAGGCCGUCAAGUUCCUGAAGGAGGAGCCCCACAGACUGGACGCCCUGCUGAAACGCUGCAAGACCGUCACAGACACUCUAACCACCAUGCGCAGGCAAGUCAACGAGGGGGUGUGGAAGAAGCAGGACGACAUCUCCAGCCCGUUCUCCAAGCACAACGAAGACUUCCGCAAGAGCAACGACUUUGACCUGCCCACCAGCCCCCCUCUCGGCAUCAACGACCUGGGGGUAGGAGGAGGGGUAGGGGGCCUCAGCAGCCUGUCCAACUGGAGCCCUCACUCCGGUCACAGCCACGGUAACCCCUCCAGCCACCACAGGGACCACCACCCGCCUGUCCCCCACAAGGGCAGAGCGCUGGAGGAGCUGGCCAACCGGGCUGCCUCAGACAAGGCCGUGUCUGUGGAGGUCCGACUGGCUGCGGAACGAGACUGGGAGGAGAAGCGGGCCAGUUUGACCCAGUACAGCGCUCAGGACAUCAACCGGCUGCUGGAGGAGACCCAGGCAGAGCUGAUGAAGGCCAUCCCUGACCUGGACUUUGCUGCCAAGCAGAUCAAGCCCUCCUCCAACACGCCCUCUCAGACGCCUCACGGCGGGACCCUGGAGCACAGGUCCAUCAAGCCCCAGCACGCCAAGCUGUCCGGGAAGGAGCCCGGCUCCAGGCGUGGCUCUGAUGAGCUGACGGUGGGGCGCUAUCGCACGGAGAAGCCCUCCAAGUCUCCUCCCCCGCCUCCACCCCGACGCAGCUUCCCAUCAUCCCCUGGGCUGACCACCCGCAGCGGAGAGACCCUCAUCCCUGGGAAGAGUAUAAAGAAGAUGGAGUCCGAGGACUGCGAGGCCCAGAAGCCCCACGUGAAGCUGCGAAGGGCCGUGUCGGAGAACCCCCGCCCUGCAUCCACCCCGCCCAGUCUGGCAACCGGGGACAAGGAGGAGACCGAGGAGGAGAGAAUUGCUGCUGAACUGGAGUUGUCCAGAGCUUCGCUGGACUGCUCUGUUCUCCGGUGGGAGCAGGGCGGAUCAGGGCCCAGAGGAGGCCCUCUGGCACCAGACACUCAGGCACAGACUGUGGCCCUGCCUCGAACGGCCCUCUCUCCUGUCCCCCAGAUUGUGCUGACUGAGUGCUCGUCAGUUCCAACCCCUGCCUCUGAGGGUUCUGUCAGAGACCAAACACAGGGCCCCUCCCCAGUGAGCCACACUCCAGGAGAGACUGGUCCCCACAUGGUCUCCCAGACCCAGCCUUCCCAGGAGAGGGAUCCUGUGGGACAGCCCCGAAAAGCGGCCCCCCUCCGGGAGCUGAAGAUCCAGGAAUCCUUUGAGGAAGUCGGGGAGAAGAGAGAGGAGCUGUCCCUGGUGCUGACUGAGCUGGACGUGAGGGCCAUGUCCCCUUCUGAAGCCCAGGGCCUUGGCAGGGUUGUGGGAGAGGCUCUGAGGACGCUGACUCUUCCAUUAGAGGAAAGGAAGGCCGAGGAGAACCUGGAUGUCAGCCUCAGUGAGAGUCCUAUCCUGGUGCUCUUCAGGGAAGCGGUGACUGUCAGGGAGGCUUACAGUCAGCUCCACACUCUGCUGGAAACACCCAGGCCAGUGCCCAAACCCAGGGCAGGGUCUUGCCCCAGCGGCCUGAGCCGUGUCUCCAGCCCCCCUAACCCCAGACUCUGCCUCCCCCCCGACCAGCAGGACUCUCUGGGGGAGGCGUUGAGGAGAGGGAUGGAUACGGGAGGGAGGGCCCUAACUCUCAGCCCCAGCAGAGUAGCCGUGGAAACCCUAAUAGACCAAUCCCAGCAGAGCCCAGCAGCUGCUCCAUUAAGGUCUAAUGGGUCAGCAGGUACGGAGGCGGGCCUGGCCAGAGCAAGCCAGAGGGCCCGGGGAGAGGACAUCCGCAGCAGCACCUACCGGAGGCUGGACAGCCUGGAGGAGACCAUCAGGGAGCUGGAGAUCACCCUGCUGGAGAUCAGCGGCCACCCCAGCACCCAGCUCCUCCACCCCCAGAACCCCUCCUCAGACGCCCCGCAGGGAGAGGACUCCGCCCCAGGCCAGACCCCCAGUGCUCCAGCCUCAGAACAUCGGAAGCCUCCCGUCCCACCCAAGCCCUCUUCGUUCGCUCCCGCCAUAGCCAAGGUCCAGAACCUUCUCCUCCGUUUGGAAGCAUGGAGUCUCUUGGACGGCACGUGCGCUCUCUCUCCCUCUCUCUUCCCCCCUUCUCUGGGCUUCCUCGUGGGAUAUUACUUCCAGCUGCACCCUGCAGGGCACGGCUCCUCUGGUGUGGGUAAAGUCCUCCACUCCUCGGCUGCCUCCAGGCUAAAGCACCUGCAGCAGAACAGCACAGAGAAGACCAAGAGUGGCAAGAGAGAAGACUUCCUCAAGAGUCAGGCCCAGCAGCAGGCUGGAGCACUGAACGACAGUGGCUAUGGCAGUGUGGAGCCUCUCUUGUCUAACACCAGGGCUGCCAGUUUCUCUGGCCGCCUGCCCUCCAACUCGGCAGUGUUUGCCCCGGGCCUGAGGAAGUAUCCCCAGGAGGGGGCGCUAUCCUCCCUGACGGCCUCCUCCAACCAGGCUAAGGCCCUGCUGGCCAGCCUGUCAGCCUCCAGCCUGUCAGCCUCCAGCCUGUCAGCCUCUGGCCUGAGUGCCGAGGCCCUGCUCCUCUCCUCCACCUUCCGACACCACCGCCUCCUCCGUGAGAACCGCACAUCCUCCACCCCGCUGCCCAACGGGCGCCCCUCCUCGUCGUCCACGGCCACCUCCUCCACCUCCCCCACCUCCCCCACCCUGUCCUUGUCCCCCUCCUCCCCCACCCCCCUGACCUCCCUCAGCCUCUCCUCCCUGGGGCUGAAGAGUGGCGGCCGCGGCCUGCAGUGCUCCGGCGGCAUCACCAGCUACAAGGAGCGCGGCAGCAAGACGCUGCCCAAGAACCUGUCCCCCAGCGGCUCCCAGUGAGGAGGAGGAGGAGGAGGGCAGAGGGGGUGGAAGAAGAGGAACACACUCAAGGCAACCCCCAAGCCUGAGGAGGGAAGGCCACAACAAGCGCACUGGGUUCUACACCCUUGCAGCAAAGCUAGUCUCGCUGGGCUUUCCUUUUCAACUUAGUAUGUCUCAGCAGCUUGUAGUUUCGCUUCAGCAACCAGAUUGGACAGAUCUCCUGUGCUGUAACAGGAAGGGAUAAGACGUCACGGCUCAGUUCACUCCGCUCCUGGUCUGUUCUGUGGUUCCUCCGAGCCUCGCCCACACAGGGAGUGUACUGCCAGUUCCCCAAGUGGGUAGCUCGCAGAUGGACCUCCACCCCCUCCAACAGCCUGUUCUUGGGGGAGAGAGAGAGAGACUGCGCUGGUCCAAUGCAACCCCCAGCCCAUCCUACCAUUUGCCAAAUCCCACUCGAUGGAAUGUUUGUGGAGUAAAUGUAAUAACUUGACUGUGACUAAUGUUUUAGAUACAGAGUAGAGCUGCAAUAAUCAACAGUACAGUAGUCAUGUGUAAGAGUACCAACACUGUCGUGUAUGUGUCACCUGGGCUGAAUGUGAAGCUGUUCAGAAACGAAACAACACGGUGGUUUCUCUUCUAGGGCGGUUUCUACACGUUUCUCCGUCUCCAGGCCUCUGGCACCUCCCCUGUGUGAAACUCUAAACUGGUGCUAUUAUGGUCUCUGUUUGUAGACACUGUGUGAAGGGUUUACAUGGUUGAAACAGCCCUUGUUCCCUGCCCCAUAAAUUCCUCAUCUUAUUGCAGCUUCUCUUUCCUCCGUCUUACUGUCUUUUCAAUGUGACAUUUUUCUACAUGUCCGGUUCCCAUCUCACCCGGUCGAUCUAUGGUCCUAACUGUUAGCACAAUGGCAAUGGAAGACUGGUCUUAUGGAAUACAGUCAACACAAACAAGACCAGAGAGAUGAUUUUAACAAACACUCCACGUCUGUACAUAAAUAAGUCUCUAAUUUCCUUUUGAUGAGUGUUUGGCUAUAUCAAUAUUCUCAAUAUUAUAGGCACAGUGUUAUGAUAACACAAGAUAUAUUUGCUAGAUACUGCUUUUAGAGGCACCAUACUGUAUGUAAAAAAAAAAAAGAACUAGAAACUCUAGAAGAUUGCUCAUUAAAGAAUGUAGAAUGAGUAAACAUGUUUAGUGAAUGAACUG